UAAGUAAAAAACACUUGCCUGAACAUUUGCAGGAUUUAUUCAAUAGAUCAAAAGUAGAGUUAAAAGAGGGGGAGCAACAACAAUUACUCAAAUUACUUAUUGAGUUUCAAGAUGUGUUUGCGGAAUCAGAGUAUGAUCUUGGUAAUUUUACGGAAAUUGAACAUUCUAUUAAUACAGGAAAUGCACCCGCGGUAAGACAAAAAAUGAGGCGAACACCGGUCUCAUUUGCUAAUGAGGAGGAAGAACAUUUAAGGAAAAUGGAAAACAUAGGGGUUAUACAACCCUCAAUUUCCGAGUGGUGUUCAGCACCAGUUCUGAUUCGGAAAAGAGAUGGUAAUGUCAGAUGGUGCAUUGAUUAUAGGGGCCUGAAUGCUGUCACAGUUAAGGAUGUCUAUCCAUUACCGCUAUUGGAAGACUGUAUAGACAUGCUUGCUGGACAGAAAUUCUUUAGUAAACUGGAUGCAAAUUCGGCUUAUUGGCAAAUAAGGGUUAAGGAAGAAGAUAGGAAAAAGACAGCUUUCAUUACCAAAUUUGGUACCUAUGAAUUCUUGAGGCCAAAAGUUAUGCAGAUAAUAUUCUAACGACCGAAUGUUUAAAAUCAUUGGAAUCAAUUUGGGGAAAGAGUAACCAACCUAUUAAAAAGGGAAACUCCUGUUUAUCAACAGACACUGGUAAUGACGUUUUUUCUAGUAGGGAUAUUCGCUUUUUGGGAAAUACUGUUAAAAGUGAACCGGUGGACUCUUUCAGUGUUGACUCUAAUGUUACCCCAGAUGAAGUUAUCCCAAAUCUUUUGGGUGAUGAAGAUGAUAUGGCAAAUGACUCACUAUUGAAUUUAGAACCCAAAGACUUGGGUGGAAAUCAUACAACUGAAUCAAUUUCAAAUGACUCACUUUUGGAUUUAGAACCCAAAGACCUGGGUGGAAUACAUACAACUGAAUCAAUUUCAAAUGACUCACGUUUGGAUUUAGAACCCAAAGACCUGGGUGGAAUACAUACAACUGAAUCAAAUUUAGAUUUGGAACCCAAUCUGUUGGGCGGUGACGAAAGAGUGGAAACUGAAAUUAAUACAUCUGUUCCCAUUUUGGAUCUGGAACCCCAAUUUUUGGGUGAAGAGGAGAUGGUGGAAACUGAAAUUAAAGACUCUAUUGACAUCUCUUCUAGUCAAAUUAAUGAGACAAUACUACCUGUGAAAUUAGAAUCCAAUAUAUUGGAUGAAGCUAUGGAGGUUGACAUGAACAACAAUAUAAACUCAAACUCAAAUGUAAUAGUAAUCUCAGAUGAUGAAACCAGUCAAGAUCCACAACUUCUAAGAGAUAGGACAUUAAGACAGAGAGGACCCAAUACUUCAGUUCCAAACAAAGGGUCAAAGGUGCGUAUCAAUGACCAAUCGUGUCCACUGUCUUGUGGGGCUUUCAGAAAUCUUCGUCAACACGUCGAGUAUCAUCAUCUUCCAAAACAAUUUCAUCAAAAGAACAUGAACAAUUCCCAAAUGCAUAAUCUUAGGCUUGAAAGUUUGUUUUGGCUCGCGGAGAAAAUUGUUAGCAAACGUAGUAUUGUCAAACUCUAUCAUUAUUGUCAAAAAACAAUUUGGAUUUCCAGGAAUGUUCCUAUUACAGAUGAAGUGAAGGAGUGGUUGGAAUUAUGGAAAGAACUUGAAAAUUGGGAUUGUCCCAAACAUUUCCAGUUUAACCCAAUUAAUUCUUGGGCACUGGUUGGACAUUGGAGGAUCCUUUUAGAACUUAUCCAAACUCUGUCAGUUGAAGAUAGGCAUCAAUUUCGUAGAAACAUGCCAGACACUCUGGAAGUUACUCUAACUGAAGGAAAAAGAACAGUGCAUUCUACAAACACAGACGACGCUGCAGUCCAACUUUCUACUCGUUCGUCUACAGUACAACCAAUUUCUAUAAAUACUUCAACGGCACCGGUUCAACAAGUCAGUUCCGUGCCAACAAAUUCUGAAGCCAUGGACAACAAUUUUUCUGUUCAACAAGAGAUUUCAGUGCCAACCAAACCUAAAGCCAUGGAUAGUCAUUUCCAUUUAGACCGCUCACUGUUCAAACUAAAUUUAAACAAGUUCAGCUCUACCCAAGAUUUGAUAAAUGUGUCUGUGGGUUCAAUUCCAAGAAAUGAAGUGGAAGUGGUAGGUGGAAUAGCCAAUUUUUGCGAUCCCAAACUCUUUUUGGGAGAUUAUACACAUCUUGGGCACGGUUUUUCAGCCUCGGUAGGAAUACAUCCACGGAACGUUUCAUCCAUUGACAGUUUACCGUCAAUUCUUUGUAAGUUAGAUCAACAAUUAAAACUUGCCAAUGUUGUGGCUUUGGGUGAAGUAGGAUUGGAUCAUACGGAACCAGAGGAGAAGUGGGAGAACCAAGAGAAGGUGUUGGUAGAAGUUUUAAGUUUGGUCUCAAUCCGGACUCCCGUGAUUCUACAUAUAAGAGAUCAAAGGGACAAAGAACCUGGAGAAUUAUACCGAAGAUGUUUGGAUCUCAUCAAAACUAGUGGGAACACUGCCAGAAAUCAACCUUUUCAUUUACACUGCUUUACUGGCACAACUGAGACCAUGAGAAGUUGGCUGUCGGAAUUUCCCAAUACUUAUUUUGGGUUUACUGGAAUGGUCUGGUUCUUUGACAAUUAUCAGCAAGCAGCACUGCAGAAAGUACCACAGAAUCGGUUAUUAAUUGAAACGGAUUCUCCAUAUCUGAAAAUGUCAAAAGCUGCUAGUAUGAACAAUCCCAAAUUCAUUGGGGAUGUAGCUGCUGAAAUAGCCAAAUGUCGGAACUCGACUGUAAAAGACAUAUGUAGCAUGACGAUGGAAAAUACCAGACGUUUAUACAAAUUAUAAACGACAAGGAGAUUGGAAGACAGAUAAUAAGCCAUAACUCAGAUUCGUUAAAUAACAUUCAAUUUCUUUGUACUAUAACCCAAUGGUUGGGUCAAACUUUUACAUUUUAUUGCAUACAGCUCCAUAAGUGUGUGGACAGUUAUGCAUGGUAAUUAGUAACCAAUUUUAUGUGAUAACCCAAUGGCUGGGUACUUUUCAAGUGAGUAAUACUCAGUUGACAUUCAUUUAUAUAUAUAUGUAGAUAUUUGUAAAUAUCAAACAUUUCAGUUAAUGGGGUAUCAUCCAAUGGUUGGGUGUUUUAAGUGAUCUUUUUAAUGAAAAUUUGGGAAGUUUUCACAAAUAAUAAUUUCCCAAUUGGUUGGGUAUAUUUUAGCUUUGUCAAAUUGACAUAAGGCUUAUUUACUAUUUUCAUAUAUCUAGACAGAUAAUGAAACAUCUGAAAAAAUAGAAGGGGGAGGUGUGUUGUGAUCUGGGAACCAGUCACGUUAUUUAUUUAUGAUAACCAGUCUAGUAGAAGCUGAUGUGGGGAACCAGCUAGCAGGAAACAGACAGACUUUGACUGACCACGACUGAGACCUGACGGACUUAUUACUUUCUGACGAUCAUCUUAUAUCCAUCAUCAUCCGAUACAUAGAUUCGACGCUAGUGCUCAUCUUUAUCAGGUAUGUUUGUAUGGAUAUUAGUUAUUAUGUCGGGAUCACAAUAUUAUGUUUAUAUAGUGGGUUUUUCAGUUAAAUACAUUUUUUGUGUCAUAUUUCACAAAUAUACACCAUCUGCACCACGGGUCAAGCAGCCCAGAUGGUAAACCACCCAGCGAGUGAGGCCAGUAAUUAAUGCACCUAGGGCAUCGAUCGACCGGAUGUACUCUACUCGCCCCGGCCGGACUUUUCGGAAGAAAACUGGGAGAGUGGUGACUCUCCAUGAACUCGGCUUUUUUGACCGUGACGUCAUCGUGACGUACGGACAUUGGGAGAUACAUUCUGGGUAUCCGCCAUUCGAUGUAGGAGGAAAGACUGACUAUACACAAGACAGCAAAGACAAAGAGAAUUACAAUUAGCAAAGGUGUAUGCCAUGGUUGCAAGUUCGGGGUUUGUUGGUCUCUAGGCAAAAGACAACAAAUGGUUUGGUUAGAAUAACAUUAAAAAACAGGUUCUUUGUAGAUGUGCCUGGUGACAGCUGAUGAUGGAUGAUGUCCUGCUAGUGUUUUGUGGCUGAACGCUCGAGCUGAUAAGAGAUAGAUGCACCUAAUUGAAUGGCUG